GAGAUUAUAAACACCGAGUCUCUGGGAGCAGAGGAAGAAGAAGAACUCGCUGCAUUCCUAACCCAAGCGAGACCUUCAUCAGAUAAAUGGUAUGUAGAUUAUCAUGAAGUUUCGGCUGGAGAACAAGUGCCUUCUGGUUUACGUCUUCUGCUAUCUGACACAGAUUUACGCUCAGGUCUGCCGAACGCCGUGUUCUUGCCCUUGGGUUCCACCAAGAUGUCCUCCUGGUGUCCCUCUCAUCAUGGAUGGUUGUGGAUGCUGUAGGAUCUGUGCCAGAAGGCUCGGUGAAGCUUGUAACCACAUUUACCUUUGUGAUCAGUCACAAGGACUACUCUGUGACUUAUCAACCAGCGCUAAUGGGCGAGAGGGGACGUGUAAUUAUAAUUAUGAUGGGAGUUGUGAGAUUGAUGGGAAAGUGUACAAGGAUGGAGAGACCUUUGAGCCGAGCUGUAAGUUUCAGUGCCAAUGCCAGGACGGGGGUGUUAUCUGCACCCCUCUCUGCAGCGAAGAUAUCCAGCUCCCAACUCCAGAAUGUCCCUCUCCAAGACGCAUUGAAAUUCCAGGGAAAUGCUGCCAGGAGUGGAUAUGCGAAGACCAACGCGGUCAACUCGCUGACAAUCACAUUAACGGAGCCAUCGUACCCAAUGGAUCUCCACACAACAGACCCUUCCUAUGCCCCGAGUGGAGCACAGAGUGGGGUGCUUGCUCGACGAGUUGUGGAAUGGGGUUUUCGUUGAGAGUGUCAAACAAGAACCCCCACUGCAGGCUGGAGACACAAAGUCGGCUUUGCAUGGUGAGACCAUGUGGUCAGAUAAUGUCAAAUCCGGGAAGAGCAGUGUGUACGCCAAACGUCGUCACCCCUCAUCCAAUCAGAUUUGAGUUUCAGGACUGCGUCAGUGUCAAGACAUUUGUGGUUGUGUUUUGUGGUUUCUGUGGCAGAAGGCGCUGUCUCCCCCAUCAGACGUCCAACGAGCAGGUGGAUUUCCGGUGCAGGAGCGGACAUACAAAGAAAAGCAUGAUGUUCAUUAUCUCAUGUGUUUGUUAUUAGCGCACUCAUCGUAUAUCACUGCUGCAAAAUAACCAAUGUGUGUGCGGGAGACGCCAUUUAUUUGUAUCAUGUAACUUUAUUAGCUAUUGAGUAAAAUUUCACAUUGUGCCUGUUUGUAAAAUUAGAAACUUUUGGGAAAACCCAAGUUAACCUGACUUUAUAGCAAAGAUCUUCUCAAUGUGCGCUAACUAAUAUAUGACACAUUAAAAAUCCCUCUGCUGGGUGGAGGCGUGGGGUAUCAACUUCAAAAGAA